AUGGUAGCGGAGCCGAGCGACUUGUUUCACUUCGACCCGAUCCUGGACUCCCUGGAGAAGCAGAGGCUUCUGAACGGCGACUUGGUGAAUCGUGCGAAGUUUGUGAUCGCGGAUUGGUUGGUGGAGAAAGAAGGCCGAGCUGCUCAGGCAGCUGAAAGGGCCACAGCCGCUGCAGAGGCGGUGAUGAGGAGCGCCAACGAGCAGAGGCGACUGGAGUCUUUGUCAAGGAUCAUCCAGAAACCCGACAUGUACAAGCCGGAGACGAGGGAGCAGGAGAUCGACCAAUGGAUGGAAUGGAGGCAUGUGAUGCGAAACUACUUGGGCGUCGUGGACCACCAGUUUCUGGAGGAGCUGGAUGUCUUUGAGGGCAAUGCUUCGAAUGAGGUUGUCCUCAGCACACUGAACGACGGCGCCAAGAUGAGAAGCCGAGAGCUCUACGCCAUCUUGCAAAGCUUUGUUCGCAACCGCCCGGCGAAGAUUGUUCGGAAUGUCGGCCAGUCCAAUGGCUAUGAGGCAUGGAGAUUGCUGAUGGUCGAGAUGCAACCCAAGACGAGACAAAGACAGCUGGCCUUGAUGACCCAGCUGAACUCCAUGACCUUUGACCCGAGGAAGUCCCUGAACGAGCAGCUCGGAAAGUAUGAGGAGGUUAUUCGGGAGUGCGAGCGCAUUAGUGGCACGACCUACCCCGAGGACCUGAAGGUGUCAACUUUGGUGAGUGCAGCUCCUUCCGUUCUACAAGUUCAGCUGCACAUGUCCCUCAGUAGUGACACCACCUACCACGACUUGAAGGAGAAGGUGCUUUCGUACGAGCGAUCGACUACCAAAUGGCAGGCAGCCAAUGGUCUUCAAUUUCCUGCUGUACAUCAACAAGAAGAUGGACCUGUGCCCAUGGAGAUUGACAAGGUGACCUACCCUGAUGGUGGCAAGAAGGGAAAGAAAGGCGACAAGGGCAAGACGAAGAAAGGCAAGGACAAGUCCAAGGGCAAGAAGGGCAAGAUGAAGGAUGCAGAUGGGAAGGCGAACAAGCCGAAGGGCAAUUGCCACACAUGUGGCAAGCCAGGGCACUAUUCCCGAGAGUGCUGGUGGAACACUGGAGGUGCUGGAGGUGCUGGCAGUGGAAAAGGUGGCAAGGAUAAGAACCGGAAAAAGGUGAACCAGGUCCAAGCCGAAGCCCAGAGUUCAGAAGCCACUUCCAGCAACCCAACGGCAACGGCUUCGUCAAGUACACAGGCAGUUCGGCAAAUUCGACUUCGCACCCCACCUUUGACGAGUACGACCGAGAUCUUCGACAUCUCCGAAGAGGCCUUGUUUGACUUGGACCAGGAGUACCACAUCAACGAUCUCGGCGGACGAGGAGAUGGAGCACCGCCUAACCUCUUGGAUGCCCAGAAAAACCCCAUCGCGACCCAGGCCAACAGGAAGUUUGACUUCUGGUUCAAGAGCAAAGAUGGCCAGGAGUUCGCCGUGAGAGAACAAUGUGUAGUGGGAAAUGUCAAGCAACCGCUCCUAGCGGUGGGAAAACUCCUUCGCAAAGGGUGGCAGCUCGUACAUCACGGAGGCACCUUGACCUUGCAAGAACCAUUUGGUCGUGGGGCGCCUGUCGGCUUCAAACAUAACAGCUUGGUGGCUGCCGGCCACAUCCGUUCGGUACAAGUCGUCAACGCUCUCACAGAAGUGCCGAAGAGUAUGCCCCCGACAACACCCAAGCUUGAGAAGUUCCCCGAAGAGAUCCAGAAGUUGGUGGGCAAGAUGGGCAUGCACAGCUUACCUGAGCGAGGAUGGAAGGUUCACUUUGAAAGUAAGGCAACCCAUCUAUUGGACCCGAGAACGUGGUAUGAUCCUGAUCUUUAUCGUGCACGAACUACCUGGAUGCAAACUUUGAAAGGCCUCUGGAUCCAAGUGGAGAACUCCGAAGACUACUCGAGCGAGUUCAGACCCUAUGCACGCAUUUGCGAUGAGCCUCGUCCCCGACUUACUUUCGUGUCGAUGGACAGCUUUGGUGAAGGAUGCUUUGGUGGAGUUGGAAUGCCGCCGAAGAGAAGCUGUCGUUUGGAGAACGAGAUCGAGGUCGAGGACGAAGUGAUGGAAGAUGCUUUGAAUGCAGCCGAGACACCCCUUCAGGAGGCGCCGAGCUCUUCCAGUGGGCGAGCCGAAGUCAGAGGCCACCAACAAGCCGCGACUGCAAAGGAAGUCAUCCAGGACAUGUAUCUCGAGGAGGUUGCCGCCGACAAAGCUGAGAGAGCAGCAAAAGAGUCGAUGGCCCGACAGCCCAAUAUGAUGCCAAGAUCGGACCCGGAACCGACUGAAGAUGAGAAGAAGAAGCACCAGGUGACCCACAUGCCCUAUGCCAGCUGGUGCAGUGCAUGUGUCAAGACGAGAGCGAGAGGAGACAAGCACAGCGAAAGAAAGGACCAGAAGCACAUCCCAGUGAUCCAGGUCGACUUCUUCUUCACUGUUGUGGAUCCUGAAGGCCGGCCCUUAGAGGGACAGCAAGAUGAACAGACAUGCUCAUUGGUGGCCGCCGAUCUGGAUGCGAGAAUGGUGUUGUCGGUGCCUGGACCGAACAAGGGCAAGCAGUCCUUAAGGAAAUACGUGGAGGACCUGGUGAAGUUCAGCAUUGCCCUCCACGAAGACGAUGGCAUCAUUCUUCAAAGCGAUGGAGAACCUGCAAUCAAAGCAGUAGUGAGGGUAGCGACUGAAGCUCGAGCGAAGAUGGGGCGGCGAACGGUGCAGAGAACAACGCCAGUGCAAGACCAUGCAGCUAAUGGAGCGGCAGAGCGAGCAGUGCAAACCGUCCGCCGACUUGGGAACUGCCUCAUGGAAGCGGUGGAGGAGAUCCACGGCAAACAACCUGUUGGGUCCGACCUUCGUGUUUGGGCCCAAGGACAUGCAGCUUUCCUCUACAACAGGUUCCACGUCCUUCAGAACUUCCAGAAGACACCGUAUGAGCUGGCGUUCGGAGGAGGAGCGCAGUGGUGCACUGGCAUUUGGGCUGGUGUGAAUCCACACAACGGGGCCCACCACAUCCUCACCGAGAAUGGCGCGAUUGAGUCGAAUGCGGUGAGGGUUUCUGCCGAACAGCUUGACGUCGCGAAGUUCAAAGGCCUGCCCUGGGAGACCAAAGCCGUGGUGAUCAAGAUCAAGAAGCGAGUGGCACCGCCGGAGCCACUUAUGGUUGAGGUUGGUCCAAAGCCUUUGUCUUCUGCAGAGGCAGGGGCUACGCCAACAGGUGACGCAGACGCGACGCAUCUGGGCGGCGCAGCUGCGGCGCAACUCGGAGGCGCAACUGUUGCUCGACCCGACGGACCCGGUGAUGAAGCGGCCAGCGACCCACCGAGCAGUGAAAGCGAGGAACUGAUGGCAGAGAGACCGCAAGCGAGUUCGCCGAGCAGGUCGAGCAAGCGCAGGGCCGAGGAAGACGUGGAGAAGCUCACCGAGAAGCUCACCGAGGAGGUGCUGGAUGAGAUCAGCAAGGACAAGGACCAAGUGGAGUUCUUUAAGAAGCUGCGCAAAGAGAGAAUGGAGAGAGAAAAGGGUGAAAAGAGGAAGAGUGAAGAUGCCGAACUUGCUCCUCGUGAUCUAGAAGGACACAUCCGCCAGAUCCAGACGGUGGAUUCCGAAUGGUAUGAUGGAGAUGAGCUUUGGGAGACAGAGAAUCACGAUACCGACUUCUAUGAGUCCGACCACGACGCGACCUACCACAAGCACAACACCUUGGACAGACCGAAGGGAGACACUCCCCCAGAGGUGGACGAGGAGACCCUGAACCACCUAGAUGACCUCGCCGAGCUCCAGGAGAUCGAGAGGCUGGAAAAGAUGUCCGUCUUGGUGGAUGUGUGCCCGGAGGAGGAUGCAGAAUGGUUGUCUACGACCUUUGUCAAAACAUGGAAGGCCGAGGCAAAGGGCGAGGAUGUCACCACCUGGUGGCGACGCGCCCGGCUGGUGGCACGUCAGUAUCGACACUUCAACGAGUUCGAGCCGGAAGACACCUUUUCUCCGGCCUCUACGAGUUCCCUGCUGAGACUGCUCCCGGUCGUGGCCCAAACUUGGCAUACCCCGAUAUGGAUCAUCGACGUGAAGGAGUGGUAUCUCUUUCUCAACAGCGACCUGAAGGAGCUGGGCAUGGAGGCGAUGAUCGAGGUCCCGACCUUGUACAGGGCAGUCAACAAGGAAGAAAGGCGUGCUGCGCAAGUACAUGUGGACGACGCGAUGGUGACGGGAGUGGAGUGGAAUGGAAGCAUUACAGUGCGGCCUGCUGCCCAUUUCUACAACGACAUCUACGAGCUCUUGGAGAGACCCAAGUUGAGGAGCACACCUGGACCUGCCGGAGGAGACAUGUUUGCCGAGGACGCCAGCGAAGAGAUGGCAGACGGCAAGCUGUAUAGAACCAUUGUGGGCAAGCUUCUCUACAUUUCGGGAGAGCGACCUGAUGCACAGGUGGUCAUACAGUACCUGGCGGCAAAGGCCAGCAGGCCAACCGUGACCGCUACGAAAAUCCUCAAGCAUCUGGUGGGCUACCUGAAGGCGACGGAAGGGCAAGGCAUCAACCUGAAGUGCGAGAAAGGAGAGUCCAUCAUGCGAGAUGGCGACCCCGAAAGCCAUAGCUAUCAACCCCAUCAUUUGGUCGAGGCCGUCUCCGACAGCAACUUCGCCAACGACCGUACCACCAGGAAGUCCCUGUCCUCAGGCCACAUCUACUUGAACAAGUGCCUGAUGUUCUCGUUCGUCCGAGGACAGAAAGUGGUGACGUUGAGCUCUGGGGAAGCAGAGCUGGUGGCAUUGACGCAGACAGUGGGCGAGAGUAUCCUGGUGAAGAAGGCCUGGGAGUUCCUGACCAGGGAGGAGACCUGGCAUUUGGCCAGGACAGACUCUUCCGUAGCUCGGGCCAUAGCUACGCGACUUGGCGUGGGCAAAGUUCGACAUUUACAAACCUCGUGCCUUUGGUUGCAACAGUGGAUUGCGAGAAAAGAAUUGAGGAUGGCCGCGAUUCCAACAUCCAAGAACCCGACCGAUUGUGGUACCAAAAUUCUUCCAGGAUCGAGGUUAAAGUACCUGAGCUUCAUCAUGAAUCUGGUGGAUGGAAAGAGCAACAGGAUUGGAACUGAGGAGCACCGGAAGGAGGCGAUGACAUUAUCCCCGAACCUGAUCCGAGCCAUCCAAGCGGUGAUGGCCAUGAGCUUGCAAGGAUGCAUUGGAGGCAACGAUGAUCAGAUGGUAGACAUGUGGACCUACGUGUUCAUCUUCGCCAACUACUUCGAGCCCAUCGUGAACAACCCGAUUUUCGGCUACGGCAUCAUGAUCAUGCUCCUCUUGGUGAUGUGCAUGCUUGGUGCGAAUUGGAAAGUGGAAGUAAGAGUCAGCUCCAAAGGAGCAGACUCGAAGCAUGAGACAAAGGAAGGGCUUGAGCCCGGCUACGAAGAUGGACGAAAAGGCCCUGGAACCACGAGCGAACGACCAUCGAGUUCUACAUCUUCUGGGCCCACGAUCAACAUAGUGCUCAACACUCAAGACCAUGGAACCAUAGUCGAACGACCAUCGAGUUCUACAUCUUCUGGGCCUGUACUAUAUCGUAAAGUACCUGGAGUCCCUGGCGAUCGUGAACAACGAGCUGACCCACCGGGAGAAGUAGAUCAGCUACUCGAACGUGCAGAGUCUCUUCAACGACAGCAGCAAGAACGAGUACAAGCACAUCCGCCGUCAAGGGAUCCACAGGGCAUUGUGUAUGGCAAAGUGAAUCGAAGCCGGCGAGUGGCAGUGGCCACAGCGUAUGGAUACAGCUUCCACGAGGCCAACUGUUCGAGCAUCACGAAGGACGCCAAGCAGAGCCGGAUGAUGACAGUGGAAGAAGCUUUGCUUUUGGGCAAAGCACCGUGCCAAAGGUGCCUGCAGCCCAUCUUCGAUGAGCUGAAGCAGCUGAACCCCAACAACAAAGUGUUCGAUGGACAGCGGAAGCGGAAGUGA